AUGUUGAGUCCUGAACGUCGUCCUUCUAUGGCAGAACGUAGACCUUCUUUCUUCAAUUCUACAGGCCCAAAUGCGAAUCCGUUAAUUGUUCCUCAUUUGGCAGGUAUUGAAGAUCCUCUUCCAGAAACAACUCCAGAAAAAGUGGACGUAUUGAUUGUUGGUAGUGGUAUGGUUGAGAGUGUUCUUGCAGCGGCCUUAUCGUGGCAAGGAUCUACUGUUUUGCAUAUUGAUAAAAAUGACUACUAUGGUGACACAUCGGCGACAUUAACUGUCGAUCAAAUUAAAAGAUGGGUUGAUCAAAUAAAUAAUGGUUCUAUCCCGUUUUAUGAGAAUGCUAAAUUGUAUGUUUCCACCUUGAUUGGUAGUGGGAAGUAUGCAUCUAAAGAUUUUGGUAUAGAUCUUUCACCAAAAAUUCUAUUUACUAAAUCGGAUUUAUUAUCUAUUUUAGUCAAGUCAAGAGUACAUCAAUAUUUGGAAUUCCAAUCACUAUCUAAUUUCCAUACUUAUGAAAAUGAUUCCUUUGAAAAACUGACAAAUACUAAACAAGAAAUUUUUGCAGAUCAGAAAUUACCAUUGAUGACGAAACGUAAUUUAAUGAAAUUUAUUAAAUUUGUCCUUAAUUGGGAUAAAGAACCAGAAAUAUGGAAACCAUAUGCUAAUAGAUCGAUGGCAGAAUUUCUAGUUGAGAAAUUCAGAUUAGAAAAACCGCAAGUUUUCGAAUUGCUUUUCUCGAUUGGGUUAUGUUAUAAUAUUGAUACAAAAGUCCCAGAAGCUUUACAAAGGAUACGUCGUUACUUAAGUAGUUUCGAUGUGUACGGUCCAUUCCCAGUUCUUUAUUCAAAAUAUGGUGGAGCUGGUGAAUUGUCUCAAGGGUUCUGUCGUUCUGCUGCUGUUGGAGGAGCAACAUAUAAAUUGAAUGAAAAACUGGUAUCAUAUAAUCCCACAACAAAUGUGGCAUUAUUUUCCGAUGGAUCCAAAGUUAAUGUUGUCGAGAAAGUUAUUAUGUCUCCUACUCAAAUAUCGGAAGAUUCAAAAAAUGUUCCUAAACAACCUUAUCAAAUUCAUAGGUUGACAUGUAUAGUCGAAAAAGAUUGUAGCACAUGGUUUAGUGAAGGUGAAUCAGCUGCCAUUGUUGUAUUUCCCCCUGGGUCUUUAAAAUCGGGCAAUAAGCAAGUAGUACAAGCAUUUAUACUUGGUUCAGGGAGCGAAUGUUGUCCAUCUGGAACCUGUAUUUGGUACUUGUCAACUACGGAGCAAGGUGUCCGUGCUGAAUUGGAUUUGGAUGCGGCCUUAGAAGCCAUGGAGUUGAGUAUAAUUAGAGAAACAUCUACCGAUAUAGGAGAUGAUGAGGACAUUGUUCAAUUUGGUUCUAAUGGCCAAACGUUAAUAAAUUCGGUUAAAUUAGGUAAAUCUUUCAAAGAGUAUGUUCCAAGAGAAAAACUUCAAUUUUUAUUCAAACUGUAUUAUACACAGCGCACAUCAACUCCACCAUUUGAAGUUGUAGAUCCAACUUUAUUUAACGUUAACAAAGAUACAGAGAAAUUUGAUCCUGAAGCUAGUGAUAAUGGUGUUCUUUAUACGAGUAUGCCAUCAGCAGAAAUUUCAUAUGAUGAAGUUGUUACUGCUGCUAAAGUCUUAUAUGAAAAAAUUGUAGGAAGUGAUGAUGAUUUCUUUGAUAUAGAUUUUGAAGAUGAAGAUGACUUGCCGGGAAGUAGUCAAGACUACGAGAAUGCCAUUGAAGAUGAUGAUGAAGAUAUGGGUAUUGACAAAAGUGAGUCAGCUGAGUUUGUGGGUGAAAUGGAAAUAUAG